AUCAAUGAGCUCAGCAAUGUUCCCGUCCCCGUCAUGCUAAUGCCCGAUGACUUUAAAGCCUACAGUAAGAUUAAGGUGGACAAUCAUCUAUUCAACAAGGAGAACCUGCCCAGCCGCUUCAAAUUCAAGGAGUAUUGUCCCCUGGUGUUCCGGAACCUCCGGGAGAGAUUUGGGAUUGAUGACCAGGACUACCAGAACUCGGUGACACGCAGCGCCCCGGUGAACAGCGACAGCCAAGGCCGCUGCGGCGCGCGCUUCCUCACCACCUACGACAGGAGGUUCGUCAUCAAGGCCGUGUCCAGCGAGGACGUGGCAGAGAUGCACAACAUCCUCAAGAAGUACCACCAGUUCAUUGUGGAGUGCCAUGGGAACACACUGCUGCCCCAGUUCCUGGGCAUGUACCGGCUCACCGUGGACGGCGUGGAGACCUACAUGGUGGUCACCAGAAACGUCUUCAGCCACAGGCUGACCGUGCACAGGAAGUACGACCUGAAGGGCUCAACAGUAUCCAGGGAAGCAAGUGAUAAAGAGAAGGCCAAGGACCUCCCAACCUUCAAGGACAACGACUUCUUGAAUGAGGGUCAGAAGCUGCAUGUUGGAGAAGACAGUAAAAAGAACUUCCUUGAGAAGCUGAAGCGGGAUGUGGAGUUUUUAGCCCAGCUGAAGAUCAUGGAUUACAGCCUGCUGGUGGGCAUCCACGAUGUGGACCGGGCCGAACAGGAGGAGAUGGAGGUGGAGGAGCGGGCAGAGGAUGAGGAGUGUGAGAAUGAUGGGCUAGGGGGGAACCCCAUCUCCUCCUAUGGGACCCCCCCCGACAGCCCCGGCAACCUCCUCAACUACCCCCGGUUCUUCGGGCCCGGGGAGUUUGACCCCUCCGUGGAUGUGUAUGCCAUGAAGAGCCAUGACAGUGCCCCCAGGAAGGAGGUUUAUUUCAUGGCCAUCAUCGACAUCCUCACACCCUACGACACCAAGAAGAAAGCUGCACACGCUGCCAAGACAGUGAAACAUGGGGCCGGAGCAGAGAUCUCCACGGUGAACCCGGAGCAGUACUCGAAGCGCUUCAACGAGUUCAUCUCCAGCAUCCUGACAUAGAGGCACAUCCUGCUGCAGGGCUGCAGGCAGGCCUGGGGGCUGCUCCUGCAGCCUGAGACAGCACAGACACUGCAGCAGCACCAGGGCACACCUGUGACACCGUGUGGGGCACGUGUGGCACCGUGUGACAAAACCCAUCCUCAUCCUCGCUGCGCCCGCUGCACCUCUGGGUUUGGCGUUCCAGAAGCGCCCAGAUCUCAGAUUUGAGGGCUUUUCCAAACAUGCCAAGUGCAUUGUUCCAGCACUGCUCUUUCUGCCCAGUGACGUUUUUUCCUCUCUGCUGAGGGGCUGGGACACGUGUGGCACUGUCCCCAAGGGGUCACAUUCAGCAGUGCCUGACUCACAAACCACUCCUUGUUUUUUGUGUUGUUGUUGUUGUUGUUUUAUUGGACUGGCUUGGCCAGAAAAAGAAAAAAAAAAAAAAAAAAAAAAAAACCUUUAUUUCCCUCUCGGUAGGAAUUGGAAGGAAAAUAGCUCACCAUUUCAAGGAUGGAAAAUAUAACUGAUAAAAAGGAGGAGUUGCUGAACUUUAGGUAAAUUCAGACUGGGACACUUUAUAUUUUUUUUGUUAAUUUAAAUAACGAAAAAGAAAAGGAAAAAAAAACAAACCACUUUUUUGUAACUGCACUUGAUUUACAAGAAAGGUGAGGGAAAUGAACAUCUACCAAAGAUGAUGUCUGAAAAAAAAAAAGGUAUAACUCCUGAAAGCUAAAAACAAGCAGAGAACUGAGAGAGGCAUUGACCAACCUCAGCUCAUUAUGUGCUCAGACAUGGGGUGAUUUUAAUUGGCCAGCUCUGAAGAUUUUCUUAAAAGAAGAGAAAAAAAAAGAUUUUAAAAAAGGCAUUUUUGUACCUGUAGAUCCAGGCUAAGAUUUUGGGCCACUUCCUCAGCCAGGAAUGGCUCUGAGGUCACCAUCACAAUCCUGCCAGUGUUAAUUAGCUAACUAAUUAUUCAGUCUUCCUUCCCCACCUCUCCUGCAACAGGUACUUGAAUCUGUGUCCUGACAGAUGUUGCUGGGUUGGUUUUUUUGUGUUUUAUUUUUAAAAAAUGUGACUUGCACAGAAGGAAUUGGCCUGGCUUCCAGGGGGAAGUGCUGGAGGCUGGGCUCAUCCUGCUCCCAACCCCCUAAGUGACCCUCCAGGAGUGGAAAUGGUUGAACUCUCACACCAGAUUUCUUUUCUAGCCCCCCCUGAAGGAUUUUGGGACUGAUUGGAGUGACUGAAAUCGUCCUGUUUUGUCUCCUUUAACCCUUUCACAGCCAAGCUCGGCAGCCUCGCUGUGGGUUUCGUUUGCUCUGCUGCACAACAAAACUUUUGGUUCUUUGUUUUGGGAUUUGUUGUUUGGAUUUUUAAUCUUAAUUUCCUUUCUUUUUUUAAGCAGGAUUUAGAGUCUUGAACAAACCUCUUUGCAGUUGAAACAUGUUGCUUAAUUUGCCUUGGAACUGUUUUUCACACAUGCCUUUGUUUGGGGAAUAAGCUGUUGGGAGUGUCUGUCCUGUGCUGUAACAGUUCUUGCUGUGUGGAAUUUUGGUCCUUUUUGAGACAUAACUGGUGCUCAUCACACCCUGGUAAUUCCCCUAAAUUAACCCUGCCUCUGGCUGGAUUCUGAAUGUGGGGUUUGGGGGAAUUUUUUGGUUUUUAUUUCUUCAUCACCCCCUCCCCAUUUCCCCCCCUGAUGUGAAUCCCCCCACAGGUCUCACCUUGGGAGGGGCUGAAAAUGAAGCCCCUGAGGGUGCACUGUAAAUAGAAUUUUGGAGAAAUGAAAAAUUAGGGGUCCUGAUGGGAUUUGAGGAUUUUUGGUCCUUCCCUUUGGCAUGGCACAAAUUUCUGCUGCCCCUUUGGUGUGGGAGGCUGGAGGGGUUUUAAGCUGUGGAGCUGGAAAAGUCACGACCCAAAUGCAGCUAAAAAAUACUUUAAAAGAAAAAAAAAAAAGGAGGACUUGGAAGGCAUCAUCAGCUUCAUUUUGUGGGCAUUAUAUUGGUUGCUUCUCUCUUAAUAAGCACUUAAGUUUACUGCUAAUUAGGAAUUAAACACCAAUCACUUUUUAUUCCUGACAGUUAAAAAAAAAAAAUCUGCAUUGAAUCUGCAACUUUGACCUGGUAAGUUUGCCCUUCUCCUUUUGGGGAGAGUAGCUUGGAAGUUGUUUUAUCUUGAAAUCAUCUAUUAAAAAAAAAAAACAA